AUGGCAUUACCAACAGGGUCUUCAGCGCUUAAAUCAGUCACGCUUGAGAGAUACGUGGUCUACAUACGCAAAGAAGUCUACCCGCUGAAUGAUGUUCUCGAAUGCUCCGGAACGGAUCCUGAGAGCGCAGACGCAACGUUCCAAGUGGCGGCGGACGCUCAGGACCCCAGUCUGGUGAAUAUAAAAUCCUCCAACGGCAAAUACUGGAGGAGGGCAGACAAUGAGAGUUCGUGGAUUGUGUCCGAUGCAGUCGAGAUACAUGAAGAUCAAGACUCGUGGGAGUGUACACUCUUCAGGCCUGUGAAGGUUGAUGACGACCCACAAAACAACAGAUACAGAUUCCAACACGUGCAACUCGGAUACUAUAUACAGCCACUCGCUAAAUGGGAGGGUGAACUCAUACUCAAUGCACACCAAGAAGCCACCAACGACGACCAAAUCUUUGAAGUCAUUUCCAAAGAGACUCAAACAUGA